CUCCAGUGACGGGCAUUUCACUACUUAAUCCGUGAGCUUUCAGGCUUCUUCCGCUCUUUAGAUUCUAUCCCACUGCGUUACUUUGCAGGCCCCGCCGCGCUUGCUGCAUUUCCCUAGCGCGUUUCUUUCCCGCGAAGCUCUUCAGCACGCUCGCAUCUCCUUCACCUCACCUCGCCAGCUGCACUUGCAUCAACCAACCGCGCACACGCGAACAUCCUUCUGCGCAUUGCUAGCCAACCAAGACGUCACGCGCACACCCGCUGGGUACGGUCAAUAUGUCUUUCGGCGGCGGUUUUGGGGGCUUUGGCUCCAACAACAACAACCAGCAGGCUAGCAGCGGCGGCUUUGGAUUUGGGGCGACCAACAACAACGCCAACAACGCUUCGACUGGCUUCGGCUCCAAUGCGAACAGCGGUGGCAUGUUCGGCUCGAACAACAAUGCUACCACGGGAAGCAACAUGUUCGGCGGAGGCGCCAGCACCAGCACGAGCUCUCCUUUCGGGGGUGGAGGUGGAUUUGGUGCUAACAACACCGCGAGUUCAACCGCAUUCGGCUCGAAACCAUUCGGUGGCGGAACAUCUGGCGGCCUCUUUGGCGGCAGCGGGACGUCUGGCUCGACAUUCGGCGGCUUUGGUGCCUCUCAACCUAGCAACACGACGUCAACAUUCGGCGCCGCUAAUAACAACAACAACACAGGUGGAAGUCUUUUCGGCCAGAACAAGCCUGCCUUCGGUGCAGCAGCAACGACUGGGAGCGCGUUUGGUGGUGGAAGUACAGGCGGGGGAUUUGGCACUGCGACCAACACCACGGGAGGGUUCGGUAGCUCGGCUGGUGGCUUUGGCGCUGCGGCUGGUGCUCAGCAGCCCAACAACGGUACCGCGAGCACGCCCUUUGCUGCUCACGUCGAGAAGGAUGGCCCCUCGGGGUCCUCGACACAGCACUUCCAGACCAUUGCCUUCCAGCAGCCGUACCAAAACUACUCUCUGGAAGAGCUGAGGGUGGCCGACUACAACCAGGGGCGUCGAUACGGCAACCAGAACGGCCAGGCAGGCGCAUUCGGCCAGAGCACUGGGUUUGGUGGAUUCGGUGCCGCCAACAACACCAACACCCCCGCGGCCACCGGCUUUGGAGCUACCGCAAACACAGGCACCACCGGCGGUCUCUUUGGGGGCGCUAACAACAACACCUCGACGUCGGCGUUUGGCCAGAACACUGGAUCAGCAUUCGGCGCGAACAACAGCAGCAGUGGUGGGCUUUUCGGUCAGAACAAGCCAGCCACAGGCGGUCUGUUUGGAGGAGCAGCCGCUACCCCAGCCCCUGCGACUGGCGGUCUCUUCGGCGGCGGCGCCUCGACGACCAACACGACGGGUGGCUUUGGCUCAGGCGGCGGAUUCGGAGCGUCAGCACCAGCAGCGGGCGGCCUUUUCGGUGGCAGCAACACCAACACAACGGCCCAGGCUAAGCCCUUCGGUUUCGGAAACGCUGCCCCCACCAACACUGCCUCAACUCCCUUCGGCGGCUCGACUAACACUGGCGCCUUUGGGCAGUCGAACACUGGAGGUGGGCUCUUUGGCGGAAACAACCAGGCUUCUGCUGCGCCUGCUUUCGGUGGGAGCACAGCCACUGCAAACACUGGCGGCGGGUUGUUUGGUGGUGGCGCCAGCACAGGCGCCUUUGGUCAGACCAACCAAGCGCAGAACACACAACAGUCUGGAGGUCUUUUCGGCGGCGGUGGUGGUGGUGGCUUCGGCCAGAACACCCAGAACCAGCAGAAGCCGGGAGGUCUUUUCGGAGGCGCCAGCACAACCACUACCGGAGGCGGUCUAUUCGGACAGUCAGUCAACCAGCCACAGCAGUCUGGAGGCUUGUUUGGAGGAUCUGCGGCGAACACAAACACAGCUGGAGGAGGAGGCCUGUUUGGCGCGAAGCCUGCCGCUGCAGGAAACAGUCUGUUUGGCGGGAGCACGGCCAACACAGGGGGUUCCACUGGGGGCUUGUUCGGUGGCCUUGGUGGACAAGCCAACCAGCAGAGCUCCGGGAGCAGUCUUUUCGGCGGCCAGAACAACCAGCAGAAGCCUGGAGGCCUGUUCGGAGGCUCCACGACCAACAACAACACUGGUGGCUCUCUAUUUGGCGGUAUGGGACAGAGUACCAACAAUAACCAGUCCAACUUGGGCGGCUCGUUGUUCUCUAGCCAGAACCAGCAGCAGCAAAAUCAGCAACCCAACAACAACAGCCUGUUUGGUGCUUCUGGAAGCUCUUUGCUGAGCACGUCUAUGAACACCAACCCCUAUGGUAACGAUGCUCUUUUUGCUGGACUUGCCGCACCAUCCCAGAAUCUCGGCCCCAUUGCAACCCCACUCUCGAGCAGUCAGAAGAACAAGAAGACCGCCAUCCUGCCGCAGCACAAGCUGAACCCCGCUGCGUCCACACGUCUCCUGACACCGCAAACGAAGAGGCCCGGUGGUUAUGGAUUUUCGUACUCGAGCUACGGUACCCCGAGCAGCGCAUCACCCGCGUCUGGAGCAGGCUUCUCCAGCAGCCUCUAUGGCAGUGGAAACUUUUCACGCUCUCUUGGAAUUAGCGUUUCGUCAAGCAACCUGCGCAACAACUACAACCCGGAAACCAGCAUCCUGGCGCCAAACGCAUUCUCUACUACCGCACGCCCCACUGGUAACGGCAGUCUGAAAAGGCUGAACAUCAACCGACAGAUUAGUCGUACCCCGCUGUUUGAUGACGCAUCCCCCAAGCAUGUUAGCUUCGACGAGAACGUCAAUCCUACCUCCAAUGGCGAGACUGCAGUGGUUUUGCGGAGGGAUGAUGCAGAUGCUUCUCCGAGGGCUAUCAACGGCAAUGAAGGCAGCAAGACUCGCUCUCCAGAGGGCAGCGGUACUGAGUUGGCUCGUGUGACUGAAGGUGAUGCUCUGACACCAAGGUCAUCGUCGUCCAUCAAUGCUCAGUCGAACGAGGACCCAAUACCCGGUGCUUAUUGGUCCAGCCCCACUCUCGACCAACUGAGGAAGACCAGCAAGCAAGAGCUGAAGGAAGUUCGCAACUUUGUCGUUGGUCGCCACAACAUUGGACAGAUCGAGUUUAACAUGCGUGAGCCUGUUGAUCUGUCUGAAGUCAAUCUCGACAAGCUCUACGGUGACAUCGUCCAGCUGAACCACCGCAAUGCUACCGUCUAUGGCGAGACGUGCACCACCCUACCCAAGCCUCCGCUCGGCACUGCUCUGAACCGACCAUCUCUUAUCACUCUGGCGAACUCGUGGCCUCGCAACAAGGCUGGCAAGAAGGAUGUCAAGCACCUUGAGCGUCUCAAGCGAGUACAGGGUACCACCUUUGUCAAGUACAACGCUCAGAACGGCGAUUGGACCUUCACUGUUCCUCAUUUCUCUUCGUACGGGCUCGACUACGAGGGCGAGGAGUACAGCGAUCUGGAUGAUGAGGAGUCAAGUGAGCUGAGCGACGUCCCCGAUACACCCGCUCAAACUCAACUCAACACCAGCCAGAUGACGAGCACGCCACAAGAGUCUUCCGUUCUCAGCCCUGACUACUCCAGCCCUGACGACACAUUCGACUUCAAGAAGGGCAUGCGUGCGCGAGCCAGCGUUCCCGGAGGCUUCAGUGACGGAGUGAGCUAUGAGGAAGAUGAAGAGAUGGAAGAAUCACAGGGCGAGUCUUUUUUAGGGCAUCGCUCCGUGGGUUCGCUUGAUGGUCAGCAGGAAGCUGAGUAUUCUGAGAGCGAAUCCGAAUUUGCCCAAGAUCAGAGUAUGGCGGACUCUGUAUCCGGACCAAUUCACACCACGGAGCAAGCAUCCGCUAAGGAGUCGGAUCCUUUCAGGGGGUCGCUCAAACCAAAAUCGAUCCUCAAGGCUAGUCAGGUCACGAGGCCUGGUUUUGGCACUCCAUCGAAAGGAAAGCCUGUUUUUGACGACGAUUGGGCGAACCAACUCCAACGGACGAUCAGCCCUAAGAAGCAGGAUCGCCAGGCCUUGCGCGAGACUCAAAGCAAUGGCAUGCGAGAACACGAGAGCAUUGAUUUGAAGUUGUCACAGUCUGUCGGCAGACGAACGCUCACAACACCCAUGGAUUUGAUGGAGUCUCUCUUCGGCGAGACGGAGAAGCACCAGUCUCCAAAGCGAGCUGCGCACGGUAUUGAGUUACCCUACUCGAAACGACCCAAAUCCUCUUACGAUCUCGACCAGCUGAGCGAAGCCGACAAAGACUUUCACAACUGCAGUAAGCCUCACUUCAGCGAAUCUGGCAUCCUCAUCUAUGGCAACAAGGGCCCUGCGACUCUCGAGAAAGGUGCUUUUCCCACAGCCCAGGAACCGCUCAUCGGCGCCACAAAAGAUAUUCGCUUCAUGCAGAUGCCCGUCUUUGCUGAUGCCGUACCCGAGACUCUAGCACUGCAAAAGCAGCGCACAAAAGUCUUCACUACUGAUGGCGCGCCCUUUGCGACAUUACAGGCGGACCCAGCCCCGGUAGAGUUUUCAGACAUGGCUAGAGCCGUCGCGAUCGACACAACAGCAGGUGUUCACGAGCAGCACGUCUGGCAGUUACUGUCUCUUCUCUUCGACGAUGCUGACAAGUUACCGGGUGGUGUGGAUGUCGAACACAUCGAGGUCUACAGAAAAGAGAAGUUUGCCGAUUGGUGGAAGGAGAUUGUUUGGAGUGAUGCACAGAAACAUGCUCAACAAGCGGUCUCGCCAGAGGAGCGAGCCAUCGCACAACUCAGCUGCAACAAUGUCGCCGACGCCUGCCAUGCCCUGAUCGAAGGGUUGGAUCUUCGACUGGCCACGAUGGUUGCACAAAUCGGUGGUGACGCCAGUAUGCGUGAGAGCAUGACCAGUCAACUCGAGGAGUGGCGUCGCCUGGACAUGCUGUCCGAGAUGCAAGAUUCACAUCGCGCUCUGUAUGAACUGCUUUCUGGCAACUGCAUGCAGGCCGAAGGCAAGACGGGUACGGGGAGAGAGAACCGGGCAUCCACCUUCAACAUCUCAAGUCGUUUCGCGCUAGACUGGCGGCGUGCUUUCGGUCUUCGUCUCUGGUACGGCACCAUGGCUGAGGAGUCUCUUGACUCGGCUAUUGCGCAGUUUGCAGAUGCAGUCAAGGAAGGCAAGGAGGACGUCAAGCCUGUACCUUGGUUCGUUGAGGCGAGUGCGGAUAUGGGCUGGACAGAUUCGCAGGCGGAGAACCGUGAGGACUUGCUUUGGGGCAUCCUCAAGCUUUACACUUCGUCCAAAGCGGAUGUCUCUGCGAACCUGGAAGACGUCUUGGCUCCGGAGAACGUUUCGGGUCACCCUUUGAACGCUCGCUUGUCGUUCCAGCUGUUCCAGCUGUUCAAGUCGCGACAAGAAGAUGCAAGUGAAGCAGAUGAGCGCAAGGUCAGCAUGCCCACGCUUGGUGGCAUUGGCGAAGACUCGUUCAUGUCGACUAUCCGUGCAUCUCCCGCAAGAGACACGCAGAUGGAGACUCCACUCGUUGAACUCGGCGACAAGAUCACACUCACAUAUGCCGCGUCGCUGCACACGCCGCAGCACUGGACAACGGCUAUCUGGGUGUAUGCGCAUCUGUCUUCCCCGGCAAUGCGCGAGCACUACAUCAAGGCCCUGCUCAACCAGUACUCCAGCGCCUACUCCCUCGUCGGCACAGACUCAACAUACACCUACCUCACCCAAGACCUGCACGUCCCAACAACCUGGCUCCACGCCGCAGCCGCCCUCCAAGCCAAGACCAAAAACGACGCCGUCCGCCAAGCCACGCACCUCAUCAAAGCCGACGAGCUCAACGAAGCCCACGAAGUCCUCUGCCGCAAAGUCGGCCCCGAAGCAAUCAUCUCGCGCGACUACGACGCCCUGCGCGACCUCAUGCACGGCUUCGUGCCCUCCCCCCCAAACAGCCCCGUAUCCGCCUCCUCCUCCGUGCACAGCAGCGCCGUCGCGCGCCGCGCCGAACCAGUCCAGGGCUGGGCCCAGGGCGGCCAGAUCUACUUCGACUACAUGGCGCUCAUCGACUUGUCCGCCCAGCGCUCCACGUACCGCGUCGACGAAGACCUGGACGCUGAAAUCGACGACUUGCUCGCGAAGCUGCAGAAGGCGCUGGAGAUUGCCGCGCGGGAUCGACUGGAAUCUUGUGCGAUUGAGGAGCGUGUUGCGCUUAUGGAGAUUGCGGGCGUGGUUGCGAAUCGUGUUGCGGAGACGGAGAAUGGUAAUAAAUCGCAUAUUCUCCGCCUGCCGCUCACGGAGGAUUUGUGUCUUAGGCAUGCGUGCCAUUUGAGCACGGAUUAUUAUCGCAAGGUUAUGGGGAGGAGCGCGUAGGUUUUGACUUUGCUCAUGGUUUUGUGUGGAUGUGGAUGUUAGGUUUUCUUUCUUGGGUUGGGUUAAUUCGUUGCCUUGGGGUUUUUUUUCGCGCGCGCAUGGAAAAGCUGAAGGAGAGAGGAGAGGAUAUGUGUGUGUCCUUGUAUAAUACGAUAUGAUAGAAUGGCAGAUUCGUUAGCUAGC